UAUUUCUCAUUCGGAUCGCCCUCGUAGGAUGAGGCUCCUCUCCUACAUCUCCGCGAAAACCCUAAUCGACACCAAUCGUGUUCGCGAUCACAAACCCCUAGUCGAACCACCUACUCCUACACCGCGACCAUCCAUGGAGCCGGAUCGGGGCGAGGCGCGAGCGCGGGGGAAGAAGCAUAAGGGGAAGCACGACAAGCAACCGUGGGACGAGGACCCUAACAUCGACCGUUGGAAGAUCGAAAUUCGACCCUCAUGGAACGAGGGGGGCAUGCUCGAAGUGAGCUCCUUCUCCACCUCUUCCUAAAUACGAGAAAAGUACUUGCAAGAAGCGUGGCCAAUGGUGAAAAGUGCACUGAAGGAGUGUGGCAUUUCAUGUGAGCUCAAUUUGGUUGAGGGUUCCAUGACUGUUUCAACCACUGUGAAGACUAGGGACCCCUACAUCAUUAUUAAGGCUAGGGAUCUAAUAAAGCUUUUGUCCAGGAGUGUCCCUGCACCGCAGGCAAUUAAGAUACUAAAUGAUGAUAUGCAAUGUGAUAUCAUCAAGAUUGGUAACCUCGAACGCAAUAAGGAACGAUUUGUGAAAAGGAGAGAACGUCUUUUAGGCCCCAAUCUAUCAACCCUCAAGGCCAUUGAGAUUUUGACUGGGUGUUAUGUGCUGGUUCAGGGAAACACUGUUGCAGCUAUGGGUCCAUUUAAGGGUCUUAAACAAGUCAGAAGGAUCGUGGAGGAUUGCAUUCAAAAUAAGAUGCAUCCUGUAUACCACGUCAAGAUUCUCCUAAUGAAACGAGAACUUGCAAAAAAUCCAGCUCUUGCAAAUGAAAAUUGGGACAGGUUCCUUCCAAAGUUUAAGAAGAAGAAUGUUAAGCAACGAAAAGUCAAAUCUAAGGAGAAGAAACCAUAUACACCAUUUCCUCCACCUCAGCAACCUAGCAAGAUUGACCUUCAAUUGGAAAGUGGUGAGUAUUUCCUAAGUGACAAAAAGAAAUCAGCAAAGAAAUGGCAAGAGAAGCUGGAGAAGCAGGCAGAAAAAGCAGCUGAAAACAAGAGAAAGAGAGAGGCUGCAUUUGUUCCACCAAAGGAAAAUCCUGCACAUGCUUCUGAUUCUGCUAUAACUAACGAGGAGAGUAAGGACGUAGCUGCCAUUGCGAAAUCUUUAAAGAAAAAGACAAAGGAUUUCAAAAAGUAUCAAGAGCACGAAAAUGUUAGAGCUGAAUCAUACAUUGCCAGUUCUGAAGAGCCGCGCCCAAAGAAGAAGAACAAAACCUCGAAAGCAUGAUUAACUGAAGGUCUCCGCAAUCCGAACCAGAUGAAGAGAGGUGUAGCUGAAAGAUCAGUUCUGGGAUUGUCAGAAAAGCAGCCGUGCAGUGCAAUUUUGAUAAAUUGUAUUCAUCAGAAUGUAGAAAAAGUAUAGUAUGCUGGGGAUGUAAUCGGUAUUUGCCCCACACUUUGUGCAUCUUUUGAUCAAGUCGCAGAGCUUGCUCAUGGCCACUUUAAUGGGACUGGCUCAUUGCAAAUCGUGCGAUAAGUUUCUGUUUUAUAGAGGCUUCCUCAUGCCAUUGAACCCCGAAUGCCCCAAGCAUUUGUGUGAUAUAGAUGGAAACUAUACUUUUCAAUCUCUGAAAUUUGAGGAGUUUAUCAUGCGUUGGGCUUUUUUA